AUGGAUUUAGAGGAUAAAGGUUAUUUUAUGGUGGCUGCAUCAACAGCAAAUUCCACAGCUGGGGCAAUGAAUUCUUUGACUUCUCUGGGGACUCUACAAGGACUAGCUGGAGCAACGGUUGGAUUGAAUAAUAUUAAUGCACUAGCAGGUACCGUAAACAGUAUGGCUGCCCUGAACGGAGGACUCGGUGCAACAGGCUUGACCAAUGGUACAGCUGGCACAAUGGAUGCCCUCACCCAAGCCUACUCAGGGAUACAGCAGUAUGCCGCUGCGGCACUGCCCACGCUAUACAGUCAAAGUUUGCUACAACAACAAAGUGCUGCAGGCAGCCAGAAAGAAGGUCCAGAAGGAGCAAAUCUUUUCAUUUAUCAUCUCCCACAAGAAUUUGGAGACCAGGACAUUCUGCAGAUGUUUAUGCCUUUUGGAAAUGUUAUUUCUGCUAAGGUCUUCAUUGACAAACAGACUAAUCUGAGCAAGUGUUUUGGUUUUGUUAGCUAUGACAAUCCUGUCUCUGCACAAGCUGCAAUACAGGCGAUGAACGGCUUUCAAAUUGGCAUGAAACGCCUGAAAGUACAGCUGAAGCGCUCAAAAAAUGACAGCAAACCUUACUGACCGUUCUCCCAGAAGCUUUCUGCUCUUAAUUUAGAUUUCUUAGGACAUCUUCAUGCCUGUUAGUUCAUCGUUUGCCUAGCAUGUCCCUGUGACGUCUUAAAACAGUUUCAUCGUCCCGUCAUUGUUUCUGAUGUCUUUCUUGACCUCACAUCAUAAUUUGGUUCUCCUACUGAUCUUUGAUCUAUAGUUUGAACCUUUGAAAUUUGCAUGUGACCUCAUCUAGCUAUAUGAAUUCUGGGAAGUCAAUGUGAAAAGCAUUGCUGCAUUUAUGCAAGAUCAAAAUUUAUUCGUAGUCAAAUUUAUGAUAGGAGUAUUUAAACACACACACACACACACACA